GCGCAGGUGAGCACCGCUUCCGGGUCGGGCUUCGGAGUCGCGGCCGGCUCCCGCUUCCACUCGCUUGGGUGCGCGGGAGAUUAUGGCGUCUUCCUCCGUCCCUCCCGCCACCGCACCCGCGGCAGCUGGAGGCCCCGGCCCGGGAUUCGGCUUCGCCUCCAAAACCAAGAAGAAGCAUUUCGUGCAGCAGAAAGUGAAGGUGUUCCGGGCCGCCGACCCACUGGUGGGCGUGUUCCUGUGGGGCGUCGCCCACUCGGUCCAGCCCCAGGCUACAGGGACUGGCCAGGAUCCGGCUGCAGCCAGAGGGACAUUAAGGGGAGUGGCUCUGAAGGGUUAUUGAUCAACGAGCUCAGUCAGGUGCCACCCCCAGUGAUGCUGCUGCCAGACGACUUUAAAGCCAGCUCCAAGAUCAAGGUCAACAAUCACCUUUUCCAUAGAGAAAAUCUUCCCAGUCAUUUCAAGUUCAAGGAGUAUUGUCCCCAGGUCUUCAGGAACCUGCGAGAUCGGUUUGCCAUUGAUGAUCAUGAUUACUUGGUGUCCCUUACUCGAAGCCCCCCAAGCGAAACCGAAGGCAGUGAUGGCCGCUUCCUUAUCUCCUAUGACCGCACUCUGGUCAUCAAAGAAGUAUCCAGUGAGGACAUCGCGGACAUGCACAGCAACCUCUCCAAUUACCACCAGUACAUAGUGAAGUGUCACGGCAACACCCUUCUGCCCCAGUUCCUGGGCAUGUACCGGGUCAGUGUAGAAAAUGAAGAUAGCUAUAUGCUCGUGAUGCGCAAUAUGUUUAGUCACCGUCUUCCUGUGCAUAGGAAGUAUGACCUCAAGGGCUCUCUGGUAUCCCGGGAAGCCAGCGAUAAGGAAAAGGUUAAAGAACUGCCAACACUGAAGGAUAUGGACUUUCUUAACAAAAACCAGAAAGUGUAUAUUGGUGAAGAAGAGAAGAAAGUGUUCCUGGAAAAGCUGAAGCGAGAUGUGGAGUUUCUAGUGCAGCUGAAGAUCAUGGACUACAGCCUUCUACUGGGCAUCCACGACAUCAUUCGGGGCUCUGAACCGGAGGAAGAGGGGCCUGUGAGGGAGGAGGAGUCAGAGUGGGAUGGGGACUGUAACCUGACUGGACCUCCUGCUCUGGUAGGCUCCUAUGGCACCUCCCCUGAGGGCAUUGGAGGCUACAUUCAUUCCCACCGGCCCCUGGGCCCAGGAGAGUUUGAGUCCUUCAUCGAUGUCUAUGCUAUCCGGAGUGCUGAGGGGGCCCCCCAGAAGGAGGUGUAUUUCAUGGGCCUCAUUGACAUUCUAACACAGUAUGAUGCCAAGAAGAAAGCAGCUCAUGCAGCCAAAACCGUCAAGCAUGGGGCAGGGGCGGAGAUCUCCACUGUCCAUCCUGAGCAGUACGCUAAGCGAUUCCUGGAUUUUAUUUCCAACAUCUUUGCCUAAGUGGCCGCCUGACCGGGGUGAUCGCUGCUUUAUGUUGGAGGUGGCAGGUUCUGAGAGGCUUAGGGGAGCUGGAUUUGGCCAUUACUUCUCUUUGCUAAAUUCAGGCUACAGGCUCCUUCCAUCCAAAUACCUUUGUUCUGGCGGAUAAUGUUUUCCUGUCCCAGAACUACACUGUCCUUUCUCCCCUCAUCCAUCUCUCUGCCCUCCCUCCUUGCUCCCAGUAAGCCCGCCUGCUUCAUUAGAGUGUUAUUGUCAACUCUCCUAAGUGCCUUGAUCUUUGAAAAAUACCUUGUUUCUGUGAAUUAGGAGGAGCUGGGGGCAGGGGCUGUUUGCCAUCUUCAGGGCCUGACUGGACGGUGGAUAUGGCGCACGCAACUGCCCUGGUGCACUUUGCAGUAGUAUGGAAGGAACUAAAUGUGUGGGUUCUGCUGACACCUUUCUGGGGCACUUUGUGGCAUGCAUUGCUUCCUUCCUGGUAAGCCCUGGAACGGAGGGCUUUCAGGACACUCCAGUGUGGGUGCAGGCAUUCACGUAGGGACAGUCUGGCCUGGAGGUCAGGGGAAUGCUCAGCAGGCUGGUACCUACCUCACAAGGCAGGACCUAAGUGGACUUUUGCGAUUAUGCAGAGGAUGGAGAAGGUCCUUGUCAAGCAUUGGCUGUUCCCAUUCUCCUUCCCCACCCUACUUUCACCUCUUCCCAUGAGUCCUGGGUGCCAGAGCCUUGAGGCCAGAGGUGCCCAAGCUUAGGUGCAGGGAGAGCAUAGAGGCUGGGAGGACAGGUCGGAGUGCAGGGUUCAUUCCCUGUGUGACACCCUUUCUUCCCGUCUACUUACUCCCAGGACUUCAUUCUAGCAGAGGGGAAUAAUAGCUCUAUCUGGUCUGUCUCCAUAAUUUUGAGAGGAUAGCGAUCUUGAGUAUGGGAACCUCCCUGUCCCCAGGACGUGUAUGCCUAGCACUUGCUCCUCCUUCUCUCCACUAUCCACCCCCAGAGAGGAGUCAGAGCCAUAACUCAGUCACCCAGUCCCCUCCAAAGAUGUACAAUAUCCUCAGACUAGAGAGGAACUGCUAGGCCUGGUAGCUCCUGCCUGUAAAUCCAGCACUCAGGAGGCUGAGUCAGAAUUACUCAAGGGAGUUCAAGGCCAGCCUGGGCUACUGAGACCUGGUCUCAGGACAACUCAAAACUAGGCUUGGGUUUGAGCACUGGAGACGAUAGCUUAGUCGGUAGUGUGCUUGCCUGGCAUGUACAAAGCUGGGCUCCACCCCAGCGCCACAUAAGCCAGGUGAAAGCCUUGGGAAAAAGUGGUAAGGAGGAUCAGGCAUUCAAGGUCACCAUCAGUUACCUGGCAGGGUUGAGGCCAGCCAAGGAUACAUGAGACUUCUUGAGGAAAACAAUUCUGAGAUGAGAUAGAUUGUCUUUGUCUCUGCCCAAAGCCUUUGGAAGCAAGACACUCAUCCUUGCUGUUCUGCUCCCCUGCGGAGCUCAGCGCUCUGGAGGUGAGGUGGGCAUUGAGGGCAAGAAGCUACUUUGCUGUGUGACCUCAGGGUCCUCAAGGAGAAGCCCACCUGUCUUCCUCUACACCAAAGGAGGCAGCAAGAGGUGUGUCCAGUUGGGGUGAGAGGGUCCCGGUGAGUCACUUCAAUCCCACAACCAACCUUUCCAUGGUUGAAUGCAAUAAAGUGACACCAGCAGCUGUUCUUUAGAACUGGGUUUCUGACCAUGAGGUUAUGGUCAUGGGCAGUAUUACCACCUUCACUUAUUGCUUCUGUUAUCCAUCAUUUUUGUUUUGUUAAUAAAAUAUCUAUUUACUCCCAAUAUCACAAUAAAUUAUUUGAUCUAAACCA